AUGGAGAAAGAAGAUGGGAAUAUCAUGAACAUCGUAAGAUUUUCUCUUGGGCCUGGGGGAAGAAUGUUAAGCAGCCCUGUUACAGUCAGAAUAGACAUUUUGGAAGAAGGAGCUUUUGACAACAGAUACUUUUAUGAUGGAAGAGUGGAAGAUGCAGCUGAAAAGCUGGAACUUGGAGGAAUCCGAAGUUUGCUAAUGGCAAAUGAUGCAGGCCUGUGUCAGCCAGUGGAGGAAUUUGGGAAUCACACCAUUCACCUGGGCAUCAUGAGCCACCAGCGGACGGUGGCCCUGAAACACUGGGUGCUGGCGGUUUUCACGAAAACAGUGCCCAGCUUGCUCCUUUCCGCCCAUGGAUGCCACCGAUGCAGCAUCGUUAAAGUCUCUCUUCUCCCUGCCAUCAUAUCUAAGUCAGAGUCUCCUAAAGAGCCGGAACAGCGGAGGAAGCUCUUCAUUGGAGGGUUGAGCUUUGAAACAACUGAUGAGAGCCUGAGGAGCCAUUUUGAGCAAUGGGGAACGCUCACGGACUGUGUGGUGUUGAGAGAUCCAAACACCAAGCGCUCCAGGGGCUUUGGGUUUGUCACAUAUGCCACUGUGCAGGAGGUGGAUGCAGUCAUGAAUGCCAGGCCACACAAGGUGGAUGGAAGAGCUGUGGAAACAAAGAGAGCUGUCUCAGGAGAAGAUUCUCAAAGACCAGGUGGCCAUUUAACUGUGAAAAAGGUAUUUGUUGGUGGCAUUAAAGAAGACACUGAAGAACAUCACCUAAUAGAUUAUUUUCAACAUUUUGGAAAAAUGGAAGUGAUUGAAAUCAUGACUGACCGAGGCAGUGGCAAGAAAAGGGUCUUUGCCUUUGUAACCUUUGACAACCAUGACUCCAUGGAUAAGAUUGUCAUUCAGAAAUACCAUACUGUGAAUAGCCACAACUGUGAAGUUAGGAAAGCUCUGUCAAAGCAAGAGAUGGCUAGUGCUUCCUCCAGCCAAAGAGGCCAAAGAAGUUCUGGAAACUUUGGUGGUGGUCAUGGAGGUGGUUUUGGUGGGAAUGGCAAUUCUGGUCAUGGAGGAAACUUUAGUGGUCAUGGUGGCUUUGGUGGCAGCCAUGGUGGUGGUGGAUAUGGUGGCAAUGGGGAUGGUUAUAAUGGGUUUGGUGGUGGUUAUGGGGGAGGCAGCACUGGUUACUCUGGAGGAAGCAGAGGCUAUGGAUGUGGUGGACAGAGUUAUGGAAACCAGGGCAGUGGCUAUGGCGGGAGUGGCAGCUAUGACAGCUUUAACAAUGGAGGCAGAGGUGGCUUUGGCGGUGGUAGUGGAAGCAAUUUUGGAGGUGGCAGAAGCUACAGUGAUUUGGGUAAUUACAAUAGUCAGUUUUCAAAUUUUGGACCCAUGAAGGGAGGAAAUUUUGGAGGCAGAAGCUCUGGCCCCUAUGGCAGUGGGGGCCAAUACUUUGCCAAACCACAAAACCAAGGUGGCUAUGGCGGUUCCAGUAGCAGCAGUAGCUAUGGCAGUGGCAGAAGAUUUUAAUUAGGAAACAAAGCUUAGCAGGAGAGGAGAGCCA